AUGGCGACUCCUCACAUUCUCUUGGUUAAUGACUCCUGUGUUGACCGUCUUGUUGCAUCAAGACUUCUACAAAGUUGUAACAUCCGAGUGAUUGCUAUGGAAGGUCCUAACCAAGCUUUGAAGUUCCUGGACAUGGAAUAUGAUGUGCAGUUGAUUCUGACGGAUUACUAUAUGCUUGAGAUGACCGGUUAUGAUCUUCUUGUUGAGGUGAAGAAAAUACCCAAGCUUAAUCAUCUCCCGGUGGUGAUUACAUGCACUGAGGACAUCCCCGGAAGGAUAAAAAUGUGCCUUGAUGGAGGUGCAAAGGACUACAUUAUCAAGCCUAUCAAAGUUGUCAAUUUGCCUCACCUUCUGAGCUACAUUUGA